UGACCUUGCAGUCACGUGAUCAGUGAGCGCCAUCUUGAGAUUAGGGCAGGAGUCUCGGUCCGGCUUGGUGCUUGCGUAGUAGGGUUAGCGGCUGUCAGUGUGCGUUGCAAACAGGUUCUGGUGGUGCGAGUCGCGGCGUCCGUACUCAAGCGUACUUCCACAAUGUUCCGGAAAAAGAAGAACGAUGUGCAGACGGAAUAUACCUGCAGUGUCCGCUUCCUGGACGACGAGCCGAUGCAGUUUACGUUUAAGAAAGACACUAUAGGUCAAUGGCUGUUGGACCGUGUCUGCGAGAAGUUGAACUUGAUGGAGAAAGACUAUUUUGGGCUGCGCUAUGUGGAUGCAGAAAAGCAACGGCACUGGCUGGACCCUCUGAAAACUGUUUACAAGCAGCUAAAAGGUGUGAACCCAAUGGUGCUGUGCUUUCGUGUAAAAUUCUAUGCAGAGGACCCAAUGAAACUUCAUGAAGAGAUAACCAGGUACUACCUGUUCCUACAACUCCGCCGUGACCUCCACCAUGGCCGUUUGCUGUGUGCACCUGAGGAUGCCAUUAGCCUUGCUGCCUAUAUAGUGCAAUCGGAAGUUGGUGAUUAUGACCCACAGGACCACCAGCCUGGCUACAUCUCAGAAUUCAAGAUGCUGCCUAAACAGACUCCAAAACUGGAAGAACGAGUCAUGGAACUCCACAAGUCUCUUCAUGGUCAGGUGCCAUCAGAUGCAGAAGCCAACUUUCUAAGGAAAGCUUGCACACUGGAUACUUACGGUGUUGAUCCACAUCAAGUAAAGGAUCAAAGGGGAGACCAAUUAUAUCUUGGUAUUACACAUCAGGGCAUCAUGACAUUUCGAGGGAGUCGCCGCACACAGCUAUACAAAUGGGGUCAGAUCAGGCGAAUCGCAUAUGAAGGAAAGAUGUUCAUAGCACAUGUCAGUGUGAAUGAGGAUGAAGAUGCAGGAAACACCAAAAAGUCCAUGAUGUCUCAUCAACUCUGCACACAGUCAUCGCGUAAACAGCAGCCAGUGGGUUACAAGUGUCUAACCCCAGCAGGAGCCAAGUACCUGUGGAGAUGCGCUGUGGAGCAGCAGUUGUUCUUCACACUGUCUACUUCAAAUUCUGCGCCCAAGAUGCGAUCAGGGGGAACUUUGUUUUCUCGGGGCUCCAAGUUUCGAUUCAGUGGCCGAUGCCAGACUGAAGCUUAUGAAGCCAGUGAACACAUCAGAAGAACGGAGCCCAAGUUCCAAAGGUCAUCAUCUUUGCCAAACUUUGCACGCAGAAACACAGGAAAUAGUCGCAACAGCACCAUCAGUCACAAGGACGUGUCUACCCUGAACGACUCUGUUCAAGACACUGCAUUACAUCGAAGACCUUACAGUGUUAUCUGGGCCUCCGGAAAGAUUCCAGAUUCACCAGCAAAUAUGGUUCGUGGUGGGUCAUCUGAGAGAAAAUCUGAAAUAAGAGCUCGUCCUAAUGAACUGGAACCUAGUCCAGUAGUAAAAGCACCUCUGGCACCACAGGAAGCCUUUGAUGAACAGCAGCAGAGACAGCAGCAACAACAACAACAACAGCAACAGCAGAAACAACAACAGCAGCAGGAACAGCAGCAGGGUAAAGGAGGUGCAAUCACUGGUCCCACCACAACUACCCCCUCUUCUGCUGUAGUUGCCGAACCUAUCAUUACAGCUGUAGCAGCUUCAGCAUCCGAGGGCUUGCCUCCUCGCCUCAACGGCCAAGCUGUCCGAGAUGCUGCAGAGACAGGGGUCGAAGAUGGAGGUGACACAAAUGCCAGCAUCAACACAACCAUGCCAUAUCAACCUGAUGUGACAACCUACGAGGAUGAAGAUGAUGAAGAUGAAGAUCUCAAUCCUAAGCAGUCGCUCGAAGAUGAGAUUCGACAGUUAGACAAAUAUUUUGUGCAGGGAGAUUUGAAUCACAUCUCGGCUGCAGUGCCACCAGAGAUUUCAGAAGAAACAGUUCCAGUUGAAGCAGCACCUGUGACCAAGUCUGUUCCUGGACAGAAAAAGAAGUCACAGGGGGGUAUUUGCUUGUCCGUUGUUCUCUCAAUGAUGGUGUCCUUGUUGCUGCUAGCUGUGCUGUUCUAUGUGUUGUACUUCUCUGGACUACAGCACCCUGCUUUGACUGAGAUCAAACGGCACAUCCAGUUCCUCGAACCUGUGCGGGACUUUGUGGCUCAGAAGGCUGACGAAACAGCCAAAUUCAUCCAGAGCUUCAGCAAGUGAGCUGUGCUCCUGACGUUUUGCACAGGUGCUCAGAAAGUCGCAUGGCAAGCAGGCAUUUGCUUCCCAGCCUGGGCCUUUAACCCAUAUCCAGCCAUUUUCUCCCCAUUUGGUACAUUGGUACAUUAUUUUCUUUCAGCUUUCAGAUGGAAGACCUUUAUGGUACAUGCAGCUGGUGGUGAGAGACAUAUCAUCUUGGCAAUAAGUAGCAUGGGGGGGUUGCCUUUAUUCUAGAACAGUUCCACCACAGAUAGGAUUUUAGUGCUGUGCUCUUUAUCUUUUAUGAAAGACAUUAUGGGGCAGUCGGCUACAGUUGGUUCAAACGACAGAAAUAAGACUUUAUUGCUUGUUAAGACAGAUACAGACGAUGAACAUGAAACUGUGUCAGAGCACUUCUUCAUUGAUUGGCAUAGUGUGAAAAAUGAUGGCACUGUUACCGUUAGUAGAUGGAAAAUGGCCAGUUCAGUGUGGCAUACUCAUAUAUUGUUUUUUAGUUAUAAUUAAUGCAUUCACAUUCGGAGGGUCAAAAUUUCUCAGAGAUGUCGCAAAAGGAUUUAAGAAUUCUCACAGACGAACAAUGCAAGAAAGAAUCUAGAUGAAAAAGAAAACUUUAUUAAGCAUGCUUGGCAGCAGACAUUAUGCUGUUGCCAAAAAGCUCAUAGGUUGUGGUGAAAGUUUUACAAGCUGUUUACUAGCCAUUUUGAAGGAACAUAAUUGUCUCUUUUGAGGCUGUGAGAAAAUUGGUGCAGUGAGAAAAUUUUUUGAAGAAGUAUUCAUUUAUAUAUGUAUGAGAAGCCCUUGUUGUGUAGGUUUAUACCUUUUUUUUAAUAAAGGUGCAUAAGCACAUAUUUCGGAAAUGUCUGUAAUAUAAGGUAGGUGCCGGUUAAUGAGAUACACUAUAUUUCACUCACUUCCUCAUUUAUGAAAUGUUUGAAAACAGUAUCUGCUAUAUUUUCCUAAAGAGAUUUUGGGAGAAAUGGAAUAUCACCUUUCGGGCCUCUUUAUUCCAGCCCUUGAAUUUUUUUUUUAAAGCUUCUGCUAUGCAGUCAGAUUCCAUCGACAGUUCUAAUUUUCAUUAAUUCUUACAUUGGAAGACCAUAUGACAUGAUCAUGAAUUCAGCACUUUAUAAGUUUGUUGGGUGGAAUGAUACAACUAAGCUUUCCAUUUUAAUUCCUUGGCUGAAGAUUUUGUGCAUUUUGCUUUGUUUCUAUGAAAAGCUAUAAAUUUUGGUAAACAUUGCCUUGACCUCACAUUGAUUCAUACAGUUGAAAUUUCAGUUCAUUUUGGGGUUAGCUUUAGUUCCAGGUAAUAGAACAUGCUCUUUUCGGUUUAACUUUUCAUGUCUUUUUAGAAUAAAUGUGCGGAAAUAUGUUUUGCUUUUUUUUUUCCUUAGUGCUGUUGGAUGUACCAAGGCUUAAAAAAAAUGUCUUGCUAUUACACAACUUUUCUCAAAAGGGUGACAGCAUAAUUUUCUUAAGCAUUUUCUUAUGAAUAUUUUGAUGUUGUACUAGUCUGCUGUUUAGAUCUAUUAGCACUUUCGCAGGCCACUCAUUAUCAUCUGACAAAUGUGUAACUUUUGUUGUUUUUAUGGUAAAUCAGAUUCUAGUUAUGUGAUCUGUGAAUAUGUUUUAUAAUUUGUAUAAAUGAGAUCUUUAUAUGGGUGAAGCACAGUUUGUGAUGAUCAGGAGAUGUGUAUAACCUGAAGCAAGGUUUUUGUUGAGUUUUCCUUGAGUUUUACAGAUGAUGGGGAAAGUGUUGCUCGUCAUGCCUUUUACCAACCCACCCCAUUUUCUGUGAGCCUUUAGAGCUAUGUUUUAAAGGGACAUUCUCUGGCUCCAGAUGCAUUUCUUUUAUAUAUAUAUUUAUCCAGCAGCCUUGCCAUCCUUGUUAUGAGUUACUGAUGUUAACCAUUUAAGGAAUUGGUGAGAACGGCAGUUUCAAGAGACUUUGUAGUUAUUGUACUGUUAUAAGAAAUGGGCUUUACACUUGGCAUGUAUCAUUCCCCUGCAGCCAUGUGUUUAUAGAGUUUCAGUUCCAGAGGCACACAUCAUGUAAUGGAAAACUUUGGAGAUUUCUUAUUAUAUUAAUUUUUCAUAUAUUAAUUUUUCAUUUUUGUUAACAACAACUAGUUUUCAAGUAACAAGUGCCAUACACCAAUCGAAAAAAAUUAUUAUUAUUAAACACUAUAUAUAAAAUGUAUGCUACCUAACUGCUCUGAAGUUUUUUACUUUUGUUCUCACUGACAUAUCAGAUUGUUGCAGAUUUGAGUGAAGGUCGUUACGUAUGAGUGUGUAUUAAGCCUGAAUCUUUCGGAUUUUUUAAAAUGCCAGAAAUACAAUGACUUGUCAAUUUGUUUUCCUCUGUUAACACAAGAUAUUGUGGAUCUUAUUGGUGCUGCAUUACAUGUUUCCACUGUUGGUAUUCUGAAGUUUGGCGCUCAGGUGAGACACACCUUAUUAGGCGCUGUUGACCUAAGAUAGGUCUGAAACUUUGCAUGCCAGUAGUUCAGUGCAUAACAAAUUAAGAUUUUUAUCAUGUGUCCAACUUUUCUCAUUUAGCAUAUUAGCUUAUUUAUCUUGCUUGUUAAUAGUCCUCAUCAAAGUUGUUAUCCCCUUUAACAUUUUCUUUCUUAUAAUACAGUCUUAUUCCCUGAUUAAAGUAAAAGGUUUGCACUUCUCAGUAAUGUGUAAUGUAGCAUGUCCUCAGAUUUAGUGUGCUAUUUCCCAGCAGCAUAUGGCCCAUGGCGUAUAUUCCCCAGUCCAGUUAAGUGAAACACACAGUCAACAUUCCCUAGCAUUAAGGAUUCGGGGCAGGUGUUACAUCAUUUAUUUUUCCCACUCUCAUCAAUAUUACCAGACGCAGGGGGUAUAUAUUGCACUAUUGGUAUUGCGUGCCCUACUUGGUAUACAUUAUGGCAUAAUGGUGUGAUCGGAAAUGUACAGUUAGGUGAUCUUUUUAUGAAAAGUAUACGAAAACAGACAAUUGCAUCAUUACUGUUAAAUUAGAAAUUGCCAAUUUAAGAGAACAGCCAAGAUUGAAACCUUUAAAAAUGUUAUAGAGAUACUUGCAGUAAAAAUUAGAAUUCGAGAGAGUAUUAUCUGAACACAUCCAUAAUCAUUUUCUUUUACCUCCAGAAAAAGAAAAACCCAGCCUAGGCAGAGACCUUAUUUUGAGUUGUGUGUGGGAAAAUUGCAUGUAUGUUGGUCUGCUUUGUAAAGUUUUUAUUUGUUUAGAAUGAACAAAAUUUUACAAUUGAUAGAGACAGUUUUUUAUGUAAAUAAUCAUGUGCAAUUCUGUUAAUCUUUUUUUUAAUCAAUUGUACCUUUUGCACGCUAAUCCCAUUUUCUGUGUUAAUUUUGUGUCUACCUUUACCUACCUUUCCACAAACGUGAGCUAAAGGUGGUUCUUGUUUGUGCUUAAGGCUUUGUACUUGAUCUCAGCGGGAUAGGUUUACCUGCAUACUUCCUUACAGUUGAAGAAUCUUUUUCCUAGAGAUCAUCUGCAAAGGACACUUACUCUUUCUAGCAUCCAUCCCGCCAAGUUGAAAACCCUAUUUCUUUCUGUGAAGAUGCUUCAAUGUUCCUUUCUUCGUUGACGUUGUGUCUUUGACAUACAAUGAAAACUGUGACAAAUACAUAUAUUUGAAAGGAUUUGUAUGGAGAGGGGAGAAAGAACUUGAACUGAACAAGGUUUGUCAAAACCUGUCAAUUCUGGAAAACCAGGAAUGCUAUAGAGGCUUAAAAUACACUUGCAGACCAAAUGAUAUAUGCAUAUAAAGCAAAAAAAACUCACCACUCACAUCACCAUCCACACACAUGAACACAGCACAGUUAAAAACUUAGAUGUUGUAUCUGUAAGUGUUAUGAAUCAAUGCCAGAUGUUCAGAAAGUCUUUUCAAAUUUCUGUUCUAACUUCCAAAGUUACUGCAAAAAAAAAAAAAAUAAAAAGAUAUCUAGAUCUGCUGGUAGGGCUAGAGGUUAUGAAUUGUAUUUUUUGUGUAUGUUUUGGAACAAAGCAUUUGUGAAUAAAUAAAGAAUUCCAUUUAUGUUUUGAAAUAAAGUCUUCUUGUCUUUUGGCAUUUUUAAAGGUUGAAGGGGUGCAUUACUUCGUUAAAGUGACCUCUAAAAUGUUGAAGCUUUUGUUGUCAGAAUGGAGGAGUACAUAGCCUUUGACUUGGGAAACAUAGUAUUUAUAAAGUUAUUGUAUAUUUCCUAGAAAGAUAUUUGUGUGUAUUUCAGUUCAGAAUAUAGAUUCUGGCAUUGUGAGUGAAGUCAUCCAAAAAUGAAAGCUAUUCUAUUUUGCAUGGCUUGUAGUUCAUGCAUAAUGAAUAUGAUGAACAAGGGAUGUGAAAAUUUGAGGUUUAGUUUGAUUGUGUGGUCACAUAAGACAAAUAAUGGUUCCACAUGUGGUAAUGAUUAGAUUUCUUUUUUUAGUUUACAAUUAUCUAUACAUUAUGUGUUGGAAGGGUGGAGGGUGGGGAUGUCUGUACUUUACAUUGAUUUAGAUGUUCAAAAGUAAUUUUUUACAAGAACAUGGUUAUCUGUUCUUGGUUGUUGUCAGUUAUUAUUUGUUCAUUUUUUUAAAAAUCAACACAAAUAUUACUAAAGAGGUAGGCAGGAUUUUAUUUUUGUACUAUAAUGUUGUCCUUUACAAAAUUGCUACAAAGUUAGGUCUAUGAUCACGACAGGUACAGUGCAAGAAACGACUGCCCUGCAUACAACAAAAUGAGUUGGUCCUUAAUAGCAAUAUGGUUCUUCAUCAUUCAUCUUUUUUUGUUACAACAGUAGGCAGGAAGAAAAAAUGCAUUGGUUUUUCUGAACUGUUUUUCUGUUCAUAGCACUGUAGACAGUUUCAAUGUGAGCAUGCAUACAAAAACACUGAUUGUGCACAGGUUGCAUGCUUGUGUACUUCUUCUUUUUCACCCCCAGUAUAGGGCCGCAACUACACCACACAAGUGCUUGUGUUGCAUUUGCGGUUUCUGUAGCAGGGGUUGCUUUACAGGGUGGGAUUACUAUUCCCUUGCCCAACUGUCCUCCUUCAUGUGGGUUUGGGACUUGGGGGAAGGGGGUCAUGAUUGAGUUGUUUAUGUACUUGAAUGCACAUGAAUUUUCUUUUUUUCUUCAAGUUGCGAUGAACAGCUGCAUUCCUUCAGAAAUUAUUAACUACCACAACACAUAACCAUUUUGCAAGAAUUCUUCUGGGUCCCAUUUUUCCGCUCACCAUAAAAAGGACCUUCUUAACCCUAUGCAUUUUCUGAAAUAUGUUACUGUGGUUGGCAGUUUAGUGCAUGAUGGUCAUAUAAAAGUUUUGCCAAACAUUCAGCAUGUGUUUGGUUAAGAAAGCCCUUAUGGUGAAAAUUUCUUCCAUGCCCAUUUUUCGAUGAUUUCGCCUUGGAAGUGUAAAAAAUCUUGAGGGAAAGUUUUGUGAAUUAGUUUUUGGUGAGUAGAAUGCAAGAGACAGCAUUGAGAGGGUGAGUGACCUUAUUUUUUACAAAUAGGCUAAGCUUUCUUCAGUUGUCAUGGAUGUGUACUCUUCUGAGGCUUUUCCAGGAUUUCAGCAUUGAAAAUUCUACUUAGAAUGGCUCAUUUAUGUGAUCUGUUCUUGUUAUACAAGCCAAUUACCCAGCAGGCUUUAGUAAAAAAAAACAAAAAAACCAGUUUUGUAGACCAGACUGAAAAUGUAACUUUUGAUAUGCUUGCCCUUCUGUUUGCAAGAUGAGGACGUGCCCAGUGCUCUAUAGACUAAAAUACUGUUUGGGAAAUUCAAAGGGUAUGUAGCUGGGUUAAAGAUCAAACUAUGUGACAUUGCUAAUUCCUUAUUUCAUUUACAGACGCAUGCCCCAUUGAUCUGAUUUUCAUGUAUCGAGAUAAACAUGAAUAGAAAGUACAUAGGUUUAUAUUACAAUCCUUCUCUUUGUGGCUGAUAUUUGAACAUUAUUUAGUCAUCUUAGAUUUCAAAUGCUCAAAAUUGAGCAUACACAAGAAGGGGAAGAUGAACAACAAAAAGUGUGCAUGCUGGUUGAAUCUAGAUAACACAUCCAUCUUGAAUCAUGUUUUGGGAAUAAAGGUUUAGUGCAUACUUAAAAUGCUGCUUGCAGUAGGCAAAUGUGUUGUGGGUAUUUGGUUUUUGUACGACACAUCACUUCAUGUCAUAAAAUAAACUGUAGAAAAAA